AUCGACCUACGCGCAAGCAAAUCGUAUUGUUGCCCGGCGAGUAGUGACGAGCGACGAACGGGGAGGCGGUGAGGGGAACGGGUGUCCAAACCAGAAUUACGAACCAAUAUCCUCGAGCAAUUUUUAAUCCAUGUGGCUGUCACAGCUUGAAUUUGGUGGUAGCAGAUGCAGCGAAAUCACCCGGUAAAUCGGUCUCUUUAUUUGGAUUUCUCCAAAGACUAUUUGUAUUAUUUUCUGGAUCAACAAUGAGGUGGGAAGUCAUAUCCAAACACAUAGAAGGACUAUCACUAAAAAAAGUUUGCGAAACUCGUUGGGAGAGUAGAUUUUCUAGCCUUGCUUCUGUUCGCUACAAUUACUGUUCAGUUCGUGAUGCUCUUUUGAAUCUUUACGAAGAAACGAAUGAUUCAGUUGCUGCAUCAGAGGCUUUGUCACUGAUUCAGAAUAUGGAGCAAUUUGAAUUCUUAGUUACAUUGGUGGCUUGGUAUGAUAUACUGUUUCAAUCUGAAACUAUGGAUUUAUCAAACGCAUCGCAAUUGCUGAAAAACUGCUCGGAAUUUGUGAAGCAAUACCGGACUUAUUCGUAUUAUCAAAUAACAGCUAAAGAAAUAGUUUCUGAGGCAGGCAUAGAUCCGGCGUUUAAGCCAGUCCGAUCCCGGAGAAAGAAGCGAUUAUUUGAGUUUGAAGCUGCAGAUGAAACACCAACAGAUCCCGAAGAACAGUUUAAAAUUAACGUCUUUUACCCUAUGAUAGACACAACUGAAAAUGCAUUGGUCACUCGGUUUGGACAAUUAUCCAAAUUCAAUGAUACCUAG